AUGGCCCUGCUGCGCGUCGGGGUGCUGUGGGUGGUCGCUGCCCUGGCUUCCGAAGACGCCUGUGAGGGAGAGGGCGAGUGCCUUUGGAAGCAGGUGGGCGAGUGGAAAAGCGACGACACCUUCGUCCAUGAGUUGAAUAACGAUGUGGACCAACUCUAUGAGACGAUUGAGGAGGAGCCGACCUUACAGGAUGACGAGAACUUUGCACCGCAGACUUGGGAAGUUUGCAGCGGCACCCGCACAAAGGGCUGCGUCAAGCCGGCCGAUCUUCCGCGGCUCCUGAAGAAGGCGGUGCAGCCCAUCAUCGUCCAAGGUCUCAUAGAUGGAUGGCCACAGAAUUUGUCUUGGAGCAAGCAGCGUGUGCUGGAGAACUAUGGGGGACUCACCGUGACCGUUAGCCUGGGGAGCCUCUACCCCACAGAGGGUGGCAAACCGGAACGGCAGGUGAGGGUUAGCCUCAAGGACCUGAUUCAGCGGUUUCUUCCUGACAGCAGGUUCGUGUCCUUCGACCGAUUGCCGCAAGAUGUCCACAGCCGAUUCCUGAGCAGCAAGCUGCUGAGCAGGAUGGCUACGGCUACGGAAAGUGUUCCCAUCCUCUCGGCCGGUGGUCCGCGCUCGGGGAUCCCUUGGCACACACACGGGAAGAGCUCCCUGUUGUGCUAUGUGGGCACGAAGCGCUGGUUCACCUUCCCGCCCGGUACCGCCAAUGUCAAGAAGCGGGGGCAUCCCUUCUUGGGAUCUCUGAAUUGGACCCGUGCGGUCCUGCCAAAUCUGCAGCCGGAAGAGAGACCCGUUACAUUUCUGCAGCGCCCGGGGGAGUUCGUGUAUCUUCCAGCCGCCUGGCCUCACCUGACACUGAAUUUGGACGACUCCCUGUGCGUCGGAUGGCAGGAGUUCUUGGAGAACGACGACCUGCCGCAACUGAUCCCGAGCUGCUCCGCCAGCGCUCCCCGGGAUCCUGACGCCUGUACACUGCUCGGUGUCUACUGCCGGGAUGUCACCUGCCCCUUCAGCCGCGAGGACAAGGAGUUCUUCGACGACGCACUCCGGGUCUUGCCACUGCACCUGGCGGCAGCGGGCCAUGCCGCCGAGUUCGACACUUCCAGGGCCGAAGCCACUGCAGCGGUUCUCAUGGAGCAGGAGCCGGAGCUUCUGCAGGAACCCUUGGUCGACAAUCUGACCAUCGCAUAUGGCUGGAUCUUCCUAGCGCAGACCCUCUACAACAAAGGAGGAGACCACGACACCGCCGAUGCUUUUCUAAGCCAUGUAGGCCCACUUGUCCUGGGCGACGACUUGGCCAUGGAGGCGCUGGCGCUUUACGACAAGACCAACGGCACCAAAUCGUUUGACUACUCGCACGACUUCAAUGAGAGCAACGACACCCUGGAGCGCCGCGAGAGACGGGGGAAGCAGAAGCGAGGCAAGGGUGCGUAA